AUGGUGUCAGUGACAGGUGAAUCACCUGGUACCAUAGGAAGAGAUGAAGAAAUAGCCCAAGAUACAGAAAUGGAUGUCAUCCCAGAAUACAUAGAGCCACCACUCUCCCUUCUGGAUGUGCUGAGAAUCUCUGCAGUUCUGGAGGAUGCCACAGACCAGCUCUCUAUUCUCAACUACAUCAUGCCAGUUCAUUAUGAAAGAAGUCAAAGCACCACCUUGAAGAAAAGCAGAGAAGCGAAUUUAGAUGGAAGAAGUCUAGAAAAAUCUCAAGUGAUGUCACCAACCUCGAAAACUUCCAGUCCAUUAUUCUCUGUGGAAGGAGCCAAGUUGCCAGAAAUCAGACAAGGUGGCCAAUUUAUAGUGGACUCUAACAAAAUGCAGGAACUUAUUUUAAAAAAACCUAUAAGGCAGACCAUAAUGACUAUGGAUACAUUGAAGAAAAUUCAGAUUGAUAGGCAAUUUUUCAGUGAUGUCAUUACAAACACUAUGCAGGAGUUGGAAGAUUUUGGCACCUUUUCCAUUCUCCUGCAAACUUUAAACAAAGAGAGGGAAAAUAAAAUGCAUUUCUACGAUGUCAUUGCUAGCGAGGAGAAAGGAAGAAAGCAGAUCAAAACUCUCCAAAAACAGCUACUUAAUGUCAAAAAAGAACGGAAAGUUGAAGUACAGAAUCGGAAUGAAUAUAUUGCUCACCUCAAGGACCAGUUGCAAGAGAUGAAGGCAAAAACCAACAUGGAGAGUCACUAUAUGAAGAAAAACACUGAGCUGCAGAUUGCUCAGACCCUUAAAAAAUGCAACAAAGCAGAAGAACUUCUGCUGGAUGAGAUUGAGAAGAUAAGGAUGAAAACAGAAGAAGAGAACCGGAUUCAUACUGAGAUUGAAACAUUCCUUAAAAAGGAGCAACAGAAACUUGAGGAGAAGCUAGAGUUCUGGAUGGAGAAAUUUGAUAAGGACACAGAAAUGAAACAGAAUGAACUAAAUGCUCUCAAAGCUGCAAAGGCCAGUGACUUGGCACACCUUCAAGACCUUGCAAAGAUGCUAAGAGAGUAUGAACAGGUCAUCAUGGAGGAUCGGAUAGAAAAGGAGAAGACCAGGAAGAAGAUACAACAGGAUGACUUGGAAUUAAGGAGCGCCUUAAAGCUCCAAGCCUGGUGGCGAGGCACUGUAAUACGUAAUGAAAUCGGCACUUUCAGGUUGCCUAAGAAGGACAAAGAUGAUAGCAAGGAUUCAAAGGGCAAAGGCAAAGACAAGGAGAAGCGUAAAGGCAAGAAGUGA